GGCUCACAGAGGCUACAGAUCCUGACUCACCUCCCAUAAGCCCCCAAAUAAAGAGAAGAUGCUGGGGCUCCCAGCGUGGCCCUGCUCGCUUUUCCUCCUCCUAGUUCUGCUCUCUGCCAGUGUACAAGCGAUGUCCUCAUCAGGACAAAGACUCCAGGUGCUCCUUUCCCAUCUGCUGCCUUCGGACUCCGAAUCCAUGCCAGCUGAGGAGGACAUGAAAGAGGGGUCCAGCUCUGAGCCGCAGCUGCUUUCCCCUCCACUGUCACUCCUCCUAUCCAGGGCCCGAGCUGCAUAUCCCCUGCUCUGGCGCAAGGCCCUCACCAGUCGCAAGAGAGCUCUCUCUGGAGACUGGGCCUGGAAGGCCGUGCCCCGGGGCUGCUUUGGGCUGAAAAUGGACCGAAUUGGGGCCUUCAGCGGGUUGGGCUGUUAGCCUGGAGAGACUGGAGAUGAGGGGGCCAGCAGCAAGGGCCCGACAAAGCGGGUAGGCACCAGGGCACGGAUUGCGGGGAGCGCCCGGAAGGAGGGCUCACCGGCCUCGCUCGUUCGCAGGCGUGUGGAGAGCCGGCCCGGGACGAGAUCCAGCUCGGGACAGGAUGGGACGGAGCGGGCAGGGCGGGGAGCCGCGCCGCUCUCUCGCGAAUUAAACCGAGCCUUGUGAACCCUCGUGUCGGAGCGUGCGCCAGAGGCGCCCGCAGCGCUAAAGGGCUGCCGGGGCGCGAGACCCUCACCGC